UUGGAAGUGAAAGGCCAGCCUUGGGCGCUCCAGUACAAAGGCGAUUCAAAUCUGGCACUAGGGCGUUGGCGCAGCGUUUGGUGGUGUUGGUUGUGCGACUUGGGACCGUUUAGUGUUUUACAUUGUUAACCAACAUGACGACGACAGAACUGACAAUCGGUUUGGGUGGUUCUGAACGAAUCUCUAGCAGGGUGCUGAAGCCCCCCGGCGGUGGCUCGUCCAACAUUUUCGGCCCGCCGGAUGACGCCCCAGUGCCGUCCCGGCCGCGCCACUCCGCCUCGAGCGCGUCCAUCGGCGACGCGCCGGCCGCCGAGUCGGCGCCCCCGGCCGAAGAGCCGGCCGACCCUGCGGCGCAGGAGGACGACGCCGACACCGACGAGACCGAGGCUGGUGCCGACGACUCGGAGAACUGCGAGGACGGCGGCGUGGACCCCGCCUCGGCCGGCGACGGCGCCGAGCCGGCCGCGACGCCGCCGGCCGAGAAGCCGGAGCCGGCGCCGGCGCCGGCGCGCGGCCGCGUGCCACCCGGCGGCUUCUCCACGCCGCUCUGGUGAGCGCCGCCGCCGCCGCCGCUGCCGCCCGAUCCACUGCUACACAUGCCUUUCAGUGUGCCGAUCUCGCCGCUCGCCGGCCGCCGGCGGCCGUGCAGCUAGCUGUAGACGUGGAGUGGCGCUUGCCGGACACCGCUCGCGGGGCUGGGGCGCCCUCGAGGCCAGCCCGGCGCAUGCGGUAUGACAUUCCUUCUUCUUCAAUACAGAUCUGUUCGCGA